AUGCGGUCGUUCCUGCUGCUUUUCUGCGUGCUAUCCCAUAUAGGGUCUGCGGUCGUGCAUGGCACAGUUGAGGGUGUCGAUGCGAAGACCAUGGGUCGGUUUGACGACCAGAUGCAGGAGAUGGACCUUGAUGGGAAUGGUCGUGUAGAUGCCCAGGAGAUUCGCAGUAUUUUCUUGGAUAUGUCGGAUUCUUUCGUGGACAGAUUUAUGCAGAAUAUCGAUCAGGAUGAGGACGGCAGCUUUUCGCGCGAUGAGUAUUUCGACUAUGCAUUUUCAGAAGAUUGA